AUGAGUGUUGGGAAAGGUUUCCAAGAUAGUUCGUUACUGGCAUUAGAGGAGACUCCCUCCCGUGAAGAGAUGGGCAGUGGCUCCUCCGGAUUGUUUAUUGAUGAAGCGAAUUCUGCAUUGAACGCAGGUGCUUCAAGAGUCAUGAGAGAGGCUAAAAGUGGCAGCAAUGGAAGUGGUGAUGGUAGUGAUGCUUCAAAGAAUGAUAUUGCUAAGACUUUGAGUGAAGUCAGUAUUGCAAGUGAGGAUGAGGACGAGAAUUCGGAAGGUUGGAAAGUUCCUCAGAGACUGCCAAGAAGACCAAGUAGUACUCAUUUUUCUUUCUUUGAAAAUGCAAAAAUAUUAGAGAAUUCCUCAAAACAAAUUGCUUUGAAUGAUGAAAAUUUUAUCCAGCCUAAUCAAGAGAUGAGCACAGAUCCAAAUAUAAAAAAAAUCAAUAGAAGUUUGAGUUCAAACGCUAUGGAAAGCAUACCUGAUGUUCCAAAGAAAAUUUGGAGCAAACGGGAAGACGCUUCAGAUACUGCCAAAUCGGGCAAUUCUAAGGAUAACCAACUGCCAUCGCAGGCAUACAAAAUGGGCCAUUUGGCUGAUGAAGCUGCCAAGCAUUUCCUAGAUGAGCCAUCUCCAGAAUUAACGGAAUUGUACACAAAGGUCGCGGAAUGUAGAGAGAUUAGACAUAAAUAUCAGUCUAUCUCUUGUCAAUUGGAUGGACAGAAUCCAAAGGAUAAAGAUGACUGGAAAAUUUAUCCUCAACCACCAAAACCUUCUUAUAAUCCGGAAACGAAAACUGUGACUACUGUAAUUAACCAUGCGGACACAGAAGUUUUUGAUUUUUCGAAAUGUGAUAUUCCAGGAGAAGAUCUAGAUUGGAAUUUCACUACAAAUGAUGAUGAUACCUUUAUUGUCCAUGCUGCUGAGGAUAAUGGGAAGUUGAUCGCCAAUGUUCCAAGUUUGCGUGAUUACUACUCCGAUUUGGAUAAAAUGAUUUCAAUUUCAUCAGAUGGGCCUUCUAAAUCAUUUGCAUUCAGAAGAUUACAAUAUUUGGAAGCUCGUUGGAACCUAUACUAUUUACUAAACGAAUAUCAAGAAACAAGUGUGUCAAAAAGAAAUCCUCAUAGAGAUUUCUAUAAUGUUAGAAAAGUUGAUACUCACGUUCACCAUUCUGCAUGUAUGAAUCAAAAACAUUUAUUACGUUUUAUUAAACAUAAAUUAAGACAUUCUAAGGAUGAAAAAGUGAUUUUUAGAGAUGGUAAAAUCUUAUCAUUAGAUGAAGUGUUCAAAUCCUUAAAUUUAACCGGAUACGAUUUAUCUAUUGAUACAUUAGAUAUGCAUGCUCAUAAAGAUACUUUCCAUAGAUUUGAUAAAUUCAAUUUAAAGUAUAACCCAAUUGGAGAAUCUCGUCUAAGAGAAAUAUUCAUGAAAACUGAUAACUAUAUUAAAGGUUCUUACCUUGCUGAAAUUACUAAGCAAGUUUUAUCAGAUUUAGAAAACUCGAAGUAUCAGAACUGUGAAUAUAGAAUUUCAAUUUAUGGUAGGUCACUUGAUGAGUGGGAUAAACUAGCUACCUGGAUUGUUGACAAUAAAGUUAUUUCACAUAAUGUCCGUUGGCUAGUGCAAGUUCCACGUUUAUAUGACAUAUAUAAGAAAAGUGAAAUCGUCAAAAAUUUCCAAGAUGUCUGUAAGAACUUGUUCCAACCUCUAUUCGAAGUGACCAAAAAUCCAAUGUCACAUCCAAAAUUACAUGUUUUCUUACAAAGAGUCAUAGGUUUCGAUUCUGUCGAUGAUGAAUCAAAAGUUGAUCGUCGUUUCCACAGAAAAUAUCCUAUUCCAUCAUUAUGGGAAGUAGCCCAAAAUCCUCCAUAUUCUUAUUAUUUGUACUAUCUCUAUUCUAGCAUGGCCUCAUUAAACCAAUGGAGAGCUAAAAGGGGAUUCAAUACGUUUGUAUUAAGACCACAUUGUGGUGAGGCUGGUGAUCCAGAACAUUUAGUCUCUGCAUACAUGUUAGCUCAAGGUAUAUCUCAUGGUAUUCUAUUAAGAAAGGUACCUUUUGUCCAAUACUUAUAUUACAUCGACCAAGUCGGUAUUGCAAUGUCUCCAUUAUCCAAUAACGCAUUAUUCUUAACGUACGAUAAAAAUCCGUUCCCACACUACUUCAAGAGAGGUCUGAACGUUUCCCUAUCCACAGAUGAUCCAUUGCAAUUCUCGUACACCAGAGAACCUUUAAUCGAAGAAUACUCCGUUGCUGCACAAAUUUACAAGUUAUCAAACGUUGAUAUGUGUGAACUAGCAAGAAAUUCCGUGUUACAAAGUGGUUGGGAAUCCCAAAUCAAAAGACACUGGAUUGGUGACAACUACAAACUGCCUGGUGUUCAAGGUAACAGUGUUGUGAAGACCAAUGUACCAGAUAUAAGAGUGAGCUAUAGAUACGACACCUUAUCAACUGAAUUAGAAUUAGUUGACCAUUUCUCAAAAAUCAACUCUCGCCAAUAA